AUGUGUCAGGGCGGUAGAGAGCAGCAGGCUGGCCUUCUUCGGAGCCGUCCUGAGGAAGAGCCCGAUGGGGUAAGCUGUGGGGCAAGCGGCGCAGCCCCCCGAGAUGGCACCGUAAGCCCAAUAUCAGAUCCUCCUAGCAGAGGAGGGAACCAAAGCUUGGACGGAACACAGUACCAUCCCGCUGAGGCUCCAAGAACACGAGAUGGGAGAGUGCGCUGGACAGAGGAGGAAAAUAUUCUUAUAAUGCGCACUCAUUUCAUUGCUCAAGAACUGCAACAGACAACUGGGAGAACAUACCGUGAAAUUCUGACAACCAUCUGGAACGAGAUCAAGCCAGAAAGACAAUCGUACCCAAACCUCCUCUCGAACAGAGUCAGGCGGAUGCUCGAAAGUGGAAAAUUCUCCAGAGUAGAAUUGAAUAAUAUCGAGCGGAGCACGAGACCUUUUGCCCCGGUUCCAGAGGAUGAGGACCAAAACACUGAAUGUUCACCAUCAGAAACACUCACACACCAAGAAACUGAUGUAAAUAAUGAAACAAGCCAGAAACGUAGCAAAAUCCAACAAAUCUUCGAGAGUAACUUACAAAUGUACACAAGAAUUUCUCCUCAAGAAAGACCACAAAUACCGAGAUUAAAGGGCUCACGUAAAAUCCUUGAAAGUGUACAGAGUGUCAAUGAUAUAAUAGGAACCAUCCUCAGCAGCCAAUCCAAUCUGGAAGAAACCACAGAUUAUGUAUACGCUGGAGCAAUCACCGUCUGUGAAGUGAACAAAAUACGACUCAGAAGUACAGAACCAACGCCGAGAAGAGAGACAACACCACCCUGGAAAAUACGACUGGAGACAAAAAUAAAGAACAUCAGAAAAAAAAUUGGCAAACUGCAUACUUACCUGCAAACAGACUCACCAACGAGAAAACUUCUCAAAUCCAUUCACCGCAUAUCAUCGGAGAUCCACAUUCAGGAAGAGGCGUAA